AUGGAUUCAAAAUGUAAUGGAUAUAGUAAUGAUAAUGAUAUAUAUAUAGAUGAUAAUGUACCACCAGAUUAUAUUAGAAAUAUAAAUAAUAAAGAAGGUGCAUUAGUACCAACGAUUUUAGCACCAGUAGUAUCACCACCUUAUUACCCGAUAAUAAUGUUUGUAAAGAAUUUAGGAGGAGUUGAUAGUAAUAUAACAGUGUAUAUUGGUAAAUUGCCAUGUACAAAACCGAUGCAUUUCACACAAGAAACCUUUUUAAAUGAGACUCGAUUAGGUAUUGGUGUUGGUAGUAACUAUGGUGAUAUGGAGGAUCCAGAGGUUUAUAAUAAUUUCCUAUUGGAUCAAUCAUACUUUAAGACUUUAUUGGAAUAUAGUGAUCAACAUCCAGAUGUGAAAUUAUUGAAAUGUGAUUUACAAACAAUUAAUAUCUCAUCAAUUUAUUUAAAAGCACAAGAUAUCUACAUUGUGGUCGAUGGUGUAUUGGGAAUUGCCGAUAACUAUUUCCUAUACAAAGAUGUAUCACAAUGUCCAGGUAAUACAGGUAUUUGCAAUGGUCAUGGUAAUUGUUUCCUUGGUAUUUGUAUGUGCGAUAAUUACACCCUAUCAGGACCAUUAUGUAAUUUAAAGAGGGAUACAUCAAUCAUAUCAACUUCACCAACACUCAAUCCAUCCUUACCCGAGAUCAUCUAUUAUAAUUCCAAUAGUAGUUGGUCAAUAAAAUUCACUGGUCUAUCAAUUGCAAAAAAGUCAUUACAAGAUAGUAGAUCAAUGGUCUAUAAUGAUUUCUUAGAUUUUGAAUUUCAAAAUUGGAUCGUUACAAAUUCCACCACUACACCUUCGACCUAUGAUAAUUCAAAUCAUGAUACACUUCAAAAUUAUCAAUUAAUAACCAAAGAUAUUACAAUUACAAUUCAAGUGAUUCUAAUUGGAAAAGAAAGAGAGAUCGAAUUCUUUCCUGGCCAAUUCGAAUCUUUAAAGUAUGGUAUUGGUGAUUUAAGAUUAUCAAUUACUCUAAGUGGUUUAACCGAUUACCUAAAGGACAAAUAUUGUUUUAAAAUGUCUUUUGAAAUUGAGACCAUCAUUGAACCAUCUCCAAUCUGUGGUUCUUUGAAUGAUAUAGAUUAUUUCGAAUUUGAAUAUGGUAGAGGUUAUGAUAGAGAAGAUAUUAGAUGGGUUUCAAGUUGUAGUAAUUUCUCAACACUCUAUUGUAGAUUCUAUGGUAAAUGUAUUUCAGAUGAAUUGCCUCAAUCAUGUAUCGUCGAUCUUGAAGAGGAUCCUGAAAGUCAGAAUAAUGGUGAUGCUAGUCUAUUCAUUUAUUUCGAGCCUUUUCAUUAUAAUGUCACCAUUCAUCCAGAUUUUAAAAUUCUAACUUAUAUUGAAUUUCCAAAUAUAACUCAACAAUAUUGUAAAGAAUUCAUACCAAGAACUAAUAUUACCGAUUGGUUAAUACCAACAAUAAUACCAAUUGCUUCCUUUGGUUUCUUAUGUUUAAUUUUCGUUAUCAUUAAUUUAGUUAAAGUUAAUAGAACUUCAUUUUCAGAAUUUGAUAAAAACUCUUUUAAUUCAAUAAAUACAAUUGGUAAUAAUAUUAAUAAUAUUAAUAAUAAUAAUAAUAAUAAUAAUAAUAAUAAUAAUAAUAAUAAUAAUAAUAAUAAUAAUAAUAAUAAUAAUAAUAAUAAUAAUAAUAAUAAUAAUAAUAAUAAUAAUAAUAAUAAUAAUAAUAAUAAUAAUAAUAAUAAAAAUAACAGUAGUGAUAAUAUUGAUAAUAAUAAUAAUAAUAAUAAUAAUAAAUUUUCAUUUGAUGAAAUACACCAAUUAUUAAGUGGAUAUACAAAUGAUGGAGUUGGGGAUUAUCAUGAUAUUCAUAAUGAUAACUUACUAUCAUAG